UCAAGAAAAAUGGCUACCUUGACUGUAGGCGAACCCCAGGAGAUGGAAGUUGACAGGAGGGGAGAGUCGGAGGAAUCUGGAGAUGAUGAGACUAAAAGGAAGAGCCUCAAUGGCGAGGUGGAUCCUGAGCAACCAGCGUCUGCAGAUAAAGAGGAGUCACCUGUUGAUAUGGACACCAUAACCCUUGACCCAGAAGAGGAGGAUGUGGAUCUGGUCCACUGUCGGAUUGGCAAAAUUGAGGGGCUGGAGGUUUUGAAGAAGGCCAAGACACUUUCCAUGAGACAGAACCUCAUCAAGAAGAUUGAAAACCUGGAGAGUUUGGUAUCCCUUCGGGAACUGGACCUCUAUGAUAACCAGAUCCGGAAACUUGAGAACCUGCAAACUUUAACCGAGCUGGAGCAGCUGGACGUGUCCUUCAACAUCCUGAGGAAGAUCGAGGGUUUGGAGACCCUGACUCGAGUCAAGAAGCUCUUCUUGUUACAUAAUAAGAUCACCUGCAUCGCCAACCUUGACAACCUGACUAAUCUAGAGAUGCUGGAGCUUGGCUCCAACCGUAUUCGGGUCAUCGAGAAUCUGGACUCGCUGACUUCAUUGGAUAGCUUGUUUCUAGGCACAAAUAAGAUCACCCAGUUACAGAACUUAGAUGCCUUGACUAACCUUACUGUCCUCAGUAUUCAGAGCAAUCGGAUUACAAAGAUAGAGGGACUGCAGAAUCUGGUGAACCUGCGAGAGCUUUACUUGAGUCAUAAUGGCGUUGAGGUUAUUGAAGGGUUGGAGAACAAUAAAAAACUCACAACUCUGGACAUUGCUGCCAACCGAGUAAAAAAGAUUGAAAACAUCAGCCAUUUGACAGAGCUUCAGGAAUUUUGGAUGAAUGAUAACCAGAUUGAUAACUGGGCGGACUUAGAUGAACUGAAGAAUGCUAAAGGCCUGGUGACGGUGUACCUGGAGAGGAACCCUUUGCAGAAGGACCCUCAGUACAGACGCAAGAUCAUGCUAGCGCUGCCUAGCGUCAGGCAGAUCGAUGCCACCUUCAUCCGCUUCUGAUCGCCUCACCAGCCACCUUGGCCCUGCCCAGUGCCCGUGCUUAAGCACCGCCCCCCACCCUGCCUUCUUCCCACCGCACCGCCGUGCACCGCGCAGCCUGCCACAUUCACCCCUACCCCGCGGACCUUCAUCUGAACCACGUCACCCUCCUCUUCCUCACAUUUAACGAGCCCUUUCCCCUUCUCAUCUCUUUGGCUGUAACACACUUCUCUCAGCGACACAUACAAACCCACACACUUCUGCUGAUGCCUGUUCACAUAAAUACCCAUGUAUUGGCACCCUUUAAUCGACACAGAGACUUGACCUGACCUGACCUAUGCUAUGGUGUGAAAGCUUGUUAUUUAUUUUCAGUUUGGACCGAGCACAAUUCCCGCAUUGCAUAUCACAGAGGAGGGACAGAGUGGUCAAUUAGGAGCAGGAGGCAGGGUGGUGGGGUAGGGGAGAGGAGGGGGGUGUUCGCUUUUUUUUUUGGCAAAUGUGAAAAUGAUGCCCCUGCGUUCCCUGUGCAUGCGAGUCGGAGGAUGAUAACAUUCUGACACCUUGGCCAACCCCUUGCUCCCUACUCUCUCUCCUAUUUCUCCACUAGGGCAUAUAAAGAGGGAAAAAUGAAAUGUUGAUUUCAUUUCUUUUCUGUACUGUUUCUGUUCAGGAAGUUGUGUGUUUUUUUUUUUUAAAGAUUUGUCUCUGAAAAAUAUUCAACACACUACAAUUCAUGUGAAGGUACACUGGACAAUACAGUCUUAUUUUUGUUUAUUUAAUAGAUCUCUUGAUAUGAUAUUUUAGAUACACCACAGUAACUGCAGCUUUCAUUCUAAAGUGCUUCAUGUCAACUGUCCAGGUGCUAAUUGCAUAUCAGUUAAGUUUUGCUGUAUGUGUUGACUUGGUGACAACAGCAUAGUUAUAUGUUUUGCACUGCAUAGUUAAACUGCACCCUCACGCACUUCACUCCUCAGUCAAACUGUGGAUCAGUUCAAUUAUUGGACCAGAUACUUAACGGUGAAAUCCAUCCCUUUGAUAAGAAAAAAAUAUAUAUAUAUAUGUUACUGUUAGUGUCCCACCUGUUUCAAUAUUUGGUGAGAGUAAAGAUUUCUAAAAGAGGUUGCAGAUGUUUUAGGAUCUUAAGUUUGAAGGAAACUCAGGUGUACAGUAUUUUACCAGGAAUUGGGACUUCAUCGAAGGUGACAGGUGCAUAGCAACAACGCAGAGGAGUUUUAGGGCUUGUUUUGAAAAUGGGGAUACUUGUUGAAGGUCAUCACAGCCAGAGAGUCUCAUCUCAGUGUCUCGGGACACAGAAAUUGCUAACAUAGGCUCACGAUAAUGGUGGUGGAUUCCUAAACUCCUUGGAAGGAAGGGAAAGUCCAAGGAAGCCCGCUUUGCUGUGGGAUAACCCCUGUUCCUCAAAAUGUUUCUGGGAACAUUGCUCUAGGAUUUCUUUUAAUUUGCCUGAUUUUAAUUUUGUUUUAAAUGCGCUUGGUUGACUUUUGAACUGAAUGUAUUAUAAACAACAGAACAAUACAGAAACAAUAAACUUAAU